AACCUUGUCACCUCACUUAGCAUUCUCUCCCACCCCUUCACCUCCCAUCUACUGCAGUAUUCCAAGACAAAGUUUCAUAUAGGUUCUGAGUGUGCAGGGGGUCAUCAGGAGGCAUCAUGAUUCUGAGCAGUGCCAAGGGGAAUGGGGAGGAGCUGAGUGGGCAUGGCUGACCUGCUGUCCUGCCUUGGUUGCAAGGGAAAGGAGCCCUGAGCUUUGAGUCUAGACAGGCUGUCAGGAGGUCCCCUUAACACUUAUGUUUGCAAACUGAGUCCUGAGCCUGGGUAGUGGUAGGGCCACCUGGCCUCUCCUCCCAGGGUGGCAUUUACUCCCUCCCUUAACUGGUAAAAUUCCCAGUAGGGCAUUUGGCAGAAGGGCUGGACAGAGAGCUGCCAACCCAGCCUGGCUCUGUUUCCUGGGUUCGCAGGGUGCUGGCUUCUCCCCUACACUGACUUUCUCUCCCACCUUAGGGCCCCAAGUGAAGGCACCAUCCCUCCUGUCCCAUCUUCCUCAGGCGGGUUGGGACUCGUAGAAUGAUCUAACAAGCAGAGGAGAAAAAUAACAACAGAAUAACUGUAAGGGGAAGGAAUGAGUAAUAAAGCCAACCCAGGCAGGGAGGAGGGCUUUCAUGUUUAAGAGAUGCUAUUUGCUUUUUAGGUCACAGGCUGCAAAAACAGGCUUUGAUCCGAAGUGGGCGAAUAAUUUAUUGAGAAAGUUUGCAUGGUAGGGAAAAAAAGGAAUGUUUGUUUGAUCUGGAGGCCUCUCAGUUGUCCCAAGUGCUGUUGGCUGUUGUUUAGAGUGGAAAAGCAUUUGGUUCCACAGCAAAUGCCUCGCCGAGGGAAGUCCUCACCCCAGGCAGCAAGACUUGCAGUGAAUGUUGGUUUUGAAACUGUUUAGCCCAAGGUCUCCCCAGCACUUUUGGAGAUGAAGUGUUUAAGGAUAGAGUUGUUUAGGCUCAGGAUGCAGCAAGUGUUUCCAGAACAUUUCCCAUCCAGUGUGCGUUUCCUUUCCCUAAACUGCCUGGCUAAAUGACCAAUAACACUGAUCCAUGAGGCUGUCAGAAAUAUCUGCUUUGCUUUCAUGGACAGGUGAGAGGUGGGACUGCUGAUCCCCAGCUCCUAGAUUCCCCCUUGCCCCUAGUCUUGAGGGCAUUGAUUCCCACAUCGCUAAGGUUGGGGGCAGGGUAUGCUGGUUAAUUGGUGUUCCAGGUUCAGGAAAGUAUUUGUCUUAUACCCAAAACCCAAGUCAGAGACUUCUAGUUCAGAUUCUUCACAGUUCAUCCAGCAGGUUCUUUGUGACCACACAGUCUUCCCUUUAAGUUCUCUGAGGGGAGGCCAAGUCAGAGUUUUGAGGAGGGGACUACCUGUGGCUCUCCCUGUCGUUCACACAGGACCCUUACCAUGUGUCUCAAAGAUUAGGAACCCAGGAAGGUUUUCAGAUGCCCCAUAGGAAUCUGGAGUACCCCAGCCAUACUCUGGAGUUGUAGGCCUGUGCACUGUACAUUGUAGCCCUGGGGUGGGGUAUACUAUUUGAUGUCAGACAGUCUCGGUUUGAAUGCUGGCUUUGCAGCCACCAGCUGUAGCAGUUGCUCUGUGCCUCAGUUUCUUCAUCUGCAACUGGGGUCAAUAACAGUACCUACCUCUUGAUGGGUGUGUGGAUUAAGCACUAUGUUGGUAAAGAUGACUACGCCCCAAGUCAGGCAUGUGGCUAGACCAGAGAGCCAGUUCCCUUCUCUGAAGAAGGAAUCAGAACAACUCUGCAGUUGCCAAUGGGCAGCCAUCUGUGGGAGCCAGCAGACUGAGCUUUGGCCUCUCUGAGGUGGAGAGUAGGGUGAGAAGGUGCUGAAGGACAAAAUAGACAAAGCCCCUUUCUGUCUCCCAGGAUCCCCUUGAUGGAAGAGAAGAGGCGAAAAUACUCCAUCAGCAGCGACAACUCUGACACCACUGACAGUCACGCUACAUCUGCGUCAAGAUGCUCCAAACUGCCCAGCAACACCAAAUCGGGCUGGCCCCGGCAGAACGAAAAGAAACCCUCAGAGGUUUUCCGGACAGACUUGAUCACAGCCAUGAAGAUACCAGACUCAUACCAGCUCAGCCCGGAUGACUACUAUAUCCUGGCAGACCCAUGGCGACAGGAAUGGGAGAAAGGCGUGCAGGUGCCCGCUGGGGCAGAGGCCAUUCCAGAGCCCGUGGUGAGGAUUCUCCCGCCAUUGGAAGGCCCCCCUACCCAGGUGUCCCCUAGCAGCUCUGACCUUGGUGAGGGCUCUCAACCUGAUUGGCCAGGGGGCAGCCGUUAUGACCUGGACGAGAUUGACGCCUAUUGGCUGGAGCUCAUUAACUCGGAGCUCAAGGAGAUGGAGAGGCCAGAGCUGGACGAACUGACCCUAGAGCGUGUGCUGGAGGAGCUAGAGACGCUGUGCCACCAGAAUAUGGCGCGGGCCAUCGAGACACAGGAGGGGCUGGGCAUCGAGUAUGAUGAGGACGUCGUCUGUGAUGUGUGCCGCUCCCCCGAGGGUGAAGAUGGCAACGAAAUGGUCUUCUGUGACAAAUGUAAUGUCUGCGUGCACCAGGCAUGCUACGGGAUCCUCAAGGUGCCCACAGGCAGCUGGCUGUGCCGGACGUGUGCCCUGGGUGUCCAGCCAAAGUGCCUGCUCUGCCCCAAGCGAGGAGGAGCCUUGAAGCCCACUAGAAGUGGGACCAAGUGGGUGCACGUCAGCUGCGCUCUGUGGAUUCCUGAGGUCAGCAUCGGGUGCCCCGAGAAGAUGGAGCCCAUCACCAAGAUCUCGCAUAUCCCAGCCAGCCGCUGGGCUCUGUCCUGCAGCCUCUGCAAGGAGUGCACAGGCACCUGCAUCCAGUGUUCCAUGCCUUCCUGCGUCACAGCAUUCCAUGUCACAUGCGCCUUUGACCACAGCCUGGAAAUGCGGACUAUAUUAGCAGACAAUGACGAGGUCAAGUUCAAGUCGUUCUGCCAGGAGCACAGUGAUGGGUGCCCACGGGGUGAAACCACUUCUGAGCCUGCGGAGACCAGCCCAGCCAGCGAGGACAUGGAGAAGGUGACCCUACGCAAGCAGCGGCUGCAGCAGCUGGAGGAAGACUUCUACGAGCUGGUGGAGCCAGCCGAGGUGGCUGAGCGCCUGGACCUGGCUGAGGCGCUGGUCGACUUCAUCUACCAGUACUGGAAGCUGAAGAGGAAAGCCAAUGCCAACCAGCCGCUUCUAACGCCCAAGACUGACGAGGUGGACAACCUGGCCCAGCAGGAGCAGGACGUCCUCUACCGCCGCCUGAAGCUCUUCACACACCUGCGACAGGACCUGGAGAGGGUUAGAAAUCUGUGCUACAUGGUGACAAGGCGCGAGAGAACGAAACACGCCAUCUGCAAACUCCAGGAGCAGAUAUUCCACCUGCAGAUGAAGCUUAUUGAACAGGAUCUGUGUCGAGAGCGGUCUGGGAGGAGAGCAAAGGGCAAGAAGAGCGACUCGAAAAGGAAAGGCCGCGAGGGCCCGAAGGGCAGCCCCGAGAAGAAAGAGAAAGUGAAGGCAGGGCCCGACUCAGUCCUGGGGCAGCUUGGCCUAUCCACCUCGUUCCCCAUCGAUGGCACCUUCUUCAACAGCUGGCUGGCGCAGUCGGUGCAGAUCACAGCGGAGAACAUGGCCAUGAGCGAGUGGUCACUAAACAAUGGGCACCGCGAGGACCCUGCUCCGGGGCUGCUGUCGGAGGAGCUGCUGCAGGACGAGGAGACUCUGCUGAGCUUCAUGCGGGACCCCUCCCUGCGACCUGGUGACCCUGCCAGGAAGGCCCGUGGCCGCACCCGCCUACCUGCUAAGAAGAAACCACCACAGGACGGGCCUGGUUCACGGACGACUCCAGACAAACCCUCCAAGAAGCCCUGGGGCCAGGAUGCUGGCAGUGGCAAGGGGGGUCAGGGACCACCUGCGAGGAAGCCACCACGGCGAACGCCUUCUCACCUGCCGUCCAGUCCUACGGCUGGAGACAGUCCCAUCCCAGCAGCUCCCGAGAGCCCCCCACCACUGGCCCCUGAGACCCCGGACGAGGCAGCCCCAGUGGCUGCCGACUCGAAUGUCCAAGUGCCUGGCCCUCCGGCCAGCCCCAAGCCCUCGGGCCGGCUCCGGCCGCCCCGAGAGAGCAAGGGAACCCGGAGGUCUCCAGGUGCCAGGCCUGAUGCGGGGACAGGACCACCUUCUGCUGUGGCCGAGAGGCCAAAGGUCAGCCUACACUUUGACACUGAGACUGAUGGCUACUUCUCUGAUGGGGAGAUGAGCGACUCAGAUGUGGAGGCUGAGGACAGCGGGGUGCAGCGGGGUCCCCGGGAAGCAGGGACUGAGGAGGUGGUCCGUAUGGGGGUACUGGCCUCCUAAGUCACCCUUACCCCUGUCCUGGGCCCUGCCCUGUUCCCCCAUGAGGCCUCAGCCCAGUCACAACUGCCAUUUCCAAUCUCUGCUGAGUGUCUCAGACCCUUGAGGUUGCCACUCUGUUGUGGUUUUAUUUUUAAUAUAGAAAGAGUUUCAAAUUCCACACUGUUGUCUUUCCUCUGUGCUGGCCUAGGACAUUAGGAUUCCUUCCACGGCUCCGGCCACAAGGACCACACCAGGUCCUGUGCACCAUCCCUGCCGCGGCAGCAUCCCCACCCGGCCCACGCGGCAUUGCUGGGCUCCUGGCUAGAUAUAGGCAAGGUGAAGGAGAGCUCAGGACUCCAGGCCGCUGCCAUCGGGUGACACAGACUUGUUUGGGCAUUAUUUCAUGGCAGAUGGGCCAGCCCAGGGCCUGCCCCACCUUGCCCUCAAAUCCCACUGGGGUCCAUUUGGGGGGGUCCUGCUGCACUCCACUGAUCCCCUAGGAAGUAUAAGUGAUAACCCAGCCAGAGUCUACUCACUGUCACAAGCACAACGAGCUUAUAUGAGAAAGCACUGAGGGGGCGUUGAGGGCCCGCUGGUUCCAAGGGAACCACAGCUGUUCCUGAUCAACCCACAUCAUCUGAGGCCUGCCCGCCCACCCCGCAACCCUCCACUCCCUUGCUGCUCUGCCCCUGCUAGUGCCCAGCCCAGCGGCUCUGGGAAGGGCUUCCCAGAAUCCUUCCUGAGCUGUGCCAUUUUCUCAGGGGACUCCCAAACAGCCAGCCGCCAGUGCCGGCGGAGGGCUGUGAGGGAGGGCCAGUGCCCAGACGGGGCGUGGGGCUCAGGCUUGCUCACUGCAGAGAAUCACUCUGGAGCUGCAACUUCCUUCCUUCCUUCCUUCGGGGCCAGUCUCGGCCGAGGUCUGGUCAGUCCCAGACAGCUGACCAGACCAGACCGUUUGCCUUUUCAAGUUUCCCAGUCCUGCUAAGAGAUGAGCAUCUUCCUUAGUUUCUUUUUGGAAACUCCUCCUUGCAACAAGCAGUGGGAUCCCGGGGCCCAGGGCGGGUCAGUGAUGGCCUCCUGGGGCUGUUUUAAGUCUUGCUGGAUCUUCCUGGUUCCUCUGUCCCUCCGAGCCUUAACCCCCUUUCCCAGCCAUGCCCUCCUCUCCCCACCAUCACCCUCCUGCCUUCCCUGCCCCACCCUCUAGGUCCCAGGUAGUAGCUCUGAAAAGUUUCAGUGGAGUGGCCCCAGGGUGAUAGCUCAGGGAACAAACAAAAAAAAGGAAUUCAGUGAAAACAUGUUUUUUUCUUUUAUGAAUUAUUCCUGGGUCACUUCUGCCACUGGUAAAGCCAGAACUUCUCCAACAAGAACCUUGCAAAAGUCCAGUGAAUCAGUCGAAUCAUUCUGUGGAUGCCAAAGAAUAUUUUGACCAUAACACAGCACAGCCUGGACCUGACAACUUGUCACUUGGACUUUUUUUUUCAAUGGAGUUGUUUAGCAACCAAGUCUAGAAACAUGUUCAUUGCACACACCCAGGGAGGUGCGCCCAAGCUCUUGGAUGAGGAUGUUGUUCUGCUGCUGAACUGUUGGAACUGGGACCCUGGUGUUGCAUUUCAGAUCCUAGGCUGGGCCCGCUGUGAGCUCUCGUAGACUCCGAGGCUCACAGCAGGGAGAAUACUGACGGUGAAACCAGCGUGGCAAGAGUCUUACCCUGGGGUUCCCUGCAAACAACACACAAAGCGCAAAUCAGCGGGAUAGGGAGCAGCCAGAUCACCCAUCCCCAACUCCAAACUGUAAAGGUACGACAGUGGCAUGGUCAUCGACACUCAGUUUCAUGUGAAUUUUAUCAAAACAGGAAACAAAGAUAAUGACUAAGUUUAAAGGGUCGGACAGAUUUGUCCAAUUGGAGCAGACUGGGAGUGGGCUUCAAGGACUUGGCGUUGGGAUGGCAUGAGCUACCCUGCAGAGUUUAGCCUGCCUGCCACCUUGGUAGUGGUGGCCAGUGUGCAGUGUCAGCGUCAGCAUCCCAACCCCAUUCCUGUUUACUGCCUUUGAACAGACCUUCUUCCUUCCCCGUGCUUCGGGUCACCUCGGGUCACCUUGGGUCACAGCCUUGUCUGUGCUGGGUUGCCUGGUCUGACUUCACAGGAAGCAAAGGGACGAGCUUUAAAGAACAACCAAACUGUGCCAUAGUGGGGUCGGGGGUGCAUGGCCAGGAAUGGCUCAGGUCCAGUAGACUUGCCCUGUGACCCUUCAGCCAUCCUGAGGCAGAAUGGGCUCCCUGAGGGUGAGGGCGGAGAGAGAACCAGGGUGGGAGGGUAGUGGGUCUGGCCGAGGUCUGGACUGGGUGAGCCAGGCUGGGCAGCCAGCACUCUUGAGGGGGCCUCUGCUCAAGUUGGCCUCUGGAUUCAGACCCUCUUCUCUACUGGCUCUUGUUUUGGACUGAACUGUCCCUGGGGCCCAUGUCCUGCGUGGAGCCCAGGUGCUGUAAGGCUGGCUGGCAGAUCUCCCAGGGCAGGCCCUAGAGCUGUCCUUGCAGGCCUCUCUCCACCUUUAGGAUGUCCACCAGGCUACAUGGAGGAUAAGGAUGCCACUUCUCUCCGCUGGCCUUUCUGCCAUUAGACACAGCCCCUUCACUCUUUUCCCAUCCUACCGUCCGCAGUAUAGAUGGCUCUGCUGCCUCUGAGGUCACGGUGGGACGCAGGAAAGGCAGAAGGCUGAGGCUGAUCUUUGGCUUGACCACAUCUGCCCACACUCCCUGGCCCUCCCCAAGGAGGGAGAAGCUGCUCUGGAACUCAUUCUGGCUGUCAUCCCCAUCCUCCCAAUCCCCGCAGCCCACCACCUCCUCCCCCUCAUCACCAUGAGAGAAGAUAAUGUGCAAGGAAAGUAUUUUUAUGCAUCAUAAAUGUAUUUUAGAAUAAACAAGAAGAAGAAAGUUAGAAGGGUCUAUUUUAUUAAAUGAGCUCUGACUUGGUGACAGUGUGUGAACAUUUACAGUGUAAGGUUCCGGGUUCCUUGGAGAAGCCACCCAGGUUUCCAAACAUGGGUGUUGGACUGUGGGGGUGUGUGUGUGUGUGUGCCAGGGCACGUCUCAUGUGUAUGUGUGCAUGUGUGUGGGUCGUGUAUGGCACACUGUGGAACUCGCAGGGGCAAUUCCUAGGGAGUCAACUGUCCAAUUCUAACAGAUAUGGGCAACAGCUGGACCUGACAUUUCCUUGCUCCCUGCCAGAUGUGGCCAACCUCUGCCGAUGUCUGAAACUCUGCAGGAUGGUCUGGAUGCCUGUAGCAAGGCCCUUGGGGAGGCCACUCCUUAUGCCCCUGCCCAGCUGGCCACAUUGGUCAAAGAGCAAGGCUGGAGUCUGGGACCUUUGGUUGUUCUUUAAGGCAUUUCCUGCCACCAUGUCCCUCAGAUCCACAAACACUCUGUGCUCCACAUCAGCUCGGGGUUGGGGGGAAGAUAUGAAUGUCGCAGGAGGAGACACCUUCUGUCUUUGUUUCAAAGAAAGUGAUGUGCCAUUUGUUAAUAUACAAGAGAAAUAUUGAAAAUAUAUUGAAAAGAGCAAUUUUAAAUUAUUUUUGGCUUAUGUUGCAAUAUUUAUUUUCUUGUAUUAGAAAAGAUUCCUUUGUAGAGAAAAAUGUAUUUUUCAUUAAUGCAAAGACCUAUUUCUCCUUUUUGUACAUUGUCCAUUUUCGCUACCCUCAACGAGCAAUAGAAUGUAUGGCCGCCUGGGGUGGCCAAUGCCCGUGUGCCCUGCAUGACUCUGUGUUGCCGCUGCUGCAUAGCUCCCAGUCCCAUCCUGUCCUGCUCACUCAUGGGGGUUUCCAGAGCCCAGCCCCCACCAGGGCCUGUGUCUUCAGGAGCCCUUUGCAUUCCUCGUGUGUUGGCAAACGCAAUUAAUAAAGCAAUGUUUUCUGUG